AUGGUCAGCUGGGUGUCGAUGAUUGUCACGGGCCAGCCCCAGUUCGAAACACAAGACGACACCGGAAUAGGCGAUGGAGUUCCUCCUCCUCCCGAAUGGCAACUGGAAACAACCGCCUUCCAGGAGGAUUUGUUGGAGUUGAGCAACGUUGAUAUCGACCCUGCCGUCAGAAACGUGCUAAUGCGGCUGCGCAACAUCUUUCGGCGGGCUCGGCAAGUGCCUCUAGCACCUACUCGACUCCACGACCUCACCUGCUUUGUGAUACAUCGACUGCUGCUGUCAAGUCCGAGUGAGAUGGAUCCUCAGUCCUCGACUUCCGAGUGCAUACGAUACGGCAUUAUACUCUACAUGUUCAUCGUACAAGGGCCGACGUAUUACUCGCAUGUAGUCAUUUUCAACACGAUUUUAAACCAAUUCAUGGACCAUCUGCAGCAUCUCCAAUCAAUACCGUACAUAGACGGCAUCCUGGAUGUCUGGCUCCUGACCAUAGGCAUGGCGGCCUCAAACGGGACGGAGCAUUACGAUUGGCUCAUGAGGAGAGCAAGAGAUGUGGCUGUUGCGAGGCAGCUGACCAGCUGGGACGAUGCUCUUGUCCACAUCCGAGGCCUCCUAUGGUUGGAAACACGUCACGGCGACGAUGCCUUUCGAACUCACUGGGAUGCAAUGUCUGGUGUCCCAAGGCAGCCACGCUUCAGAUACAGUCUAUCGCCUGUGGCAUAG